UCGGGGCGUGCUCCGAGACAUCUCCUGUUUCUCAGAAGAGGCGCUCUCGCUGCGCCAAGCUCCUUGCCUCCUACCGCCCUCGCCCACUUUGCGGCUGCUCCGCUCCUGGAUCCGCACCCUGCUCUGCUGGCAUCUGCACGCCGAGGCGCUUGCUUCCCUACCACCACUUCGCUGGACGAGCCUCACUGCCACCUGCACACCACCCGCGAUUGCCCGACCGCCUCGCCGCACCGCCGCAACCCAGCACUCCUCUGCGCCUCCACGCGGCUCCAGGCUGCACACCAUGGCGUGGCCGGCGAUGCGGCGAGUCGUGCGACGCAAGUCGUCGCCGCCGCUGCCUGCGCUCGUGGGUCGUCCGCGCGUGCUCUUCUGUCUCUUCAUCUGGCCCGUCGAGCCGUCGUACUGGCAGCCGCUGCUGAAUGCCAUCCGCACGCGGUCAGACCUCGACUUCCUCAUCAUCAUCAACCCCAACUCGGGGCCGGGCGAGUGGGAGCCGCCGCACGAGCACCACCUGGCCGCCGUGCCGCUGCUGCGCGGCGCCGCCUCGGCGGGGCAGAUCGUCGAGCUCGUCGGCUAUGUGACGACGCGCUGGGGCGAGCGGGCGCCGCACCUCGUGCACCGCGAUGUGGACCGCUAUGCGGCGUGGCCCAGCAGCAGUGGGCGCGCCGACAUGGCGCUCGACGGUAUCUACUUCGACGAGAGCACGUGGCAUGAGUUCGGUGCACGCUACUACCGCGAGAUGGCCGAGUAUGCGCGGUCCAAGCAGUGGGGCCAAUGGCGCAGCGACGCCAGCGUGCCCAGCUCGCACCAGGCGCGCAGUGACCUCGUCGUGCUCAAUCCCGGCUGCUGGGUGCACCAGGACUACUAUGCCUUCAGCGACUUGAUCAUCGUGCACGAGCAGACGGUGCAGAAGUUCGACAUCGGGCCGCUGCGCCAUGUGCCCAUGCCAUUCCGACGAGUGCCGCGGCACAAGUUCGGCGUGCUGCUGCACGACGGACCGCCGCCAGCCGACGAGGAGCGGCCAGGGCACCGCAGUCCCGGCUUCACGCUCUCCAACCCCGCCUGCCACGCCUUCAGUCCCGACACGCCGCUCACCACGCGCGGCAUCACCGAGCUCUGCCUGCAGCGCCUCGGCGUCGGCGCCUUCUUCCUCACCAACCUCUCGCUGGCGCAGACGGACAUCUACGCCAGCUUCGGCUCCAACUUCGACGAGUGGAUCGCAUGCUGCUCCGAUGCUGUGCGCUCGCUGCAGCACGCCGCCGACUGAGGCUGCACUGGGGCGCCUCGCUUGUUCUCGUCACCCGCGGCGCUGGAGCAUCUGAUCUCCGCUCGCAUGCCUGAGGUAGCGCAGCUACGUUCCGUCACGCAAUGUCACGUCACUUUUGCUCGCGCUGUGUGGCAUUGUCAUGGCCGGGCAGCACGCUCCUGCAGGCGCGCCUGCUUCUCCUGCAGAUCCUUGAGCUCGCGCGCGACGUGGUAGGCUUCGCGCUCAAGACUGGCAACGGCAGGUCAGCGAAGUGGCGUCAACGACGCUACGAUCGCACUCACGCAGCCUGCUGUUC